AUGGACUGCCAUUUUUCUGUCUGGGGAGUUUUGGCCUUUCUGAGUUUGGCUCUUGUUGUUUCGUUGAUACUGAACAUUUCAUACUAUAUGAAAAAGAAGCAACCUGCUAAAAAGUAUAAAGACUAUGAAGACAACAGUCCAAGCUAUGAUGGCUACUACACAGAAGAUGACCCAGUUUAUGGCAAUCUCAAUCAAGAUAUUUUAGAGGAAUAUUGUUACGGGCAGAUGAAGUCCCAGCCUCAAAGGCCAGUUAACCAGCUACAGGUGGAGUCUGCCCAUCAGAUGUGUUAUGCCUCACUUGAUCACAGUGUCAAGGGAAAACGCAGAAAGCCGAGGAGAAAGAAAGGCCCUUCAUUAGAGGAGGAUGAAGAAGAAAGAUCAUCUAACCCCACCAUGAUGGCUUCCAAAGUUAGCAUUUAUCUCAACAGUGAGCAGCUGGCUGCUGAAAACACAACAAACGUAGAAGCCAUUCAUGAUGAUCCCAUGAGAUUAAUGGGCUUGAUUCAUACUACAAAGGAGAGAACAUUUGAAGUGGCUUCAUAAACCAAAUAUGUAAUCAUAAAGUGAUAUCUGCUUCUUCGUUCUGGAAAA